CAUUGUUGCAACUCUUCUCACAUAAAGGAAUGAAAGACUGACUCCUUUGUCAUCAAUGGGAUUUUGAUUUUUUUUUUCCUGUCAUUUUGAAGGCAGACACAAUACCGCCGCUCUCCUGGGUUUCUGCUGCCAGGCUCUGUGAAGUUUUAGCAGCCCCUACUCUCAGCCGUGGAUAGCCAUCUAUCGGGAAGGGACCCUCUCAGUGAGCGCUCACAGUAUCCUAACCCCGAGCAGUGCAGGAGAUCUGGCUCUGGUUAAACCUCCUACCGAUGGCGUCUCGACAGCAAACCCGGAUCCAGGUCUACCUGGAGACCAACCGGAUCGGACCUCUGUUUGAGGAAUUAAUGACAAGACUGAUAACAGAGACUCCAGAACAACCAAUACCUUUCCUAAUCAAUCAUCUUCAAUCAAAAAUAGGACAUGUUGGCCAUCUACAGAGGACCUUGUCUGGAUCUGCUGCUUUGUGGGCAGAGAGUGAAUCUCCAGAAAACAAAGGAACAAGACGAGAUUCUAGAAGCUAUGACAAACCAUGGCAAGUGAACGCAAAGAAACCCAAAAAAUCGAAGAGUGACCUGGCAGUUUGUAAUAUUUCACCAACAUCACCAGAAUCCAAGUCUUUGCCAAGAUCCCUUGAGCAACAGAAGUGGGACUGGAGGACAAAACCAGAAAGUCGCGAUUUUGAUGAAUUAAACCAUAUUUUGCAAGAAAGUAAGAAACUAGGGAAAGCAUUGGAGAACCUAUCCCGCAGUAUUGCUGUUGCAGAUGAAUUGGAACAGGACACAAGAGCAUUUAAUUCAUCACUUUUAAGGCCUUGUGUGAUUGGAGAAUGGGUUGGGCGUGAAGACAACGAUCCAGACCCAUUGGCUGCUGAAAUGAUCCAACCACCAAUACCUAGAAAUAAAAAUGAACAGAGGGAGGUGGAAGAAGGAAGUAGCAGUCCUGCGGGGAGUUUGAAGAUGGAGCCAAAGAACAAGGGACUUAAACAGCAGCAACAGCAACAUAAAAAGCUCCUGGCGGCCAUGCUCUCCCAAGAUUCCUUUGACUCAGUACAUAGCACUCCAGCUUCCGUCACCGAAGAAGAUAUAGAUAAUGAGGAUGAUGCAAUGGAACUGUUAGAGGACCUUGAUGAUCUUAGAAUGGAAGGUGUAACCAGUCUUAUGCCAUCUGGAAGCAAAUUUAGCCAAGGAAGGAGUACCUACACCAGCGAACCUCAAGCAAAAGUCACAUUAAACAUCUGCUCAAGGUGUGCAAGAUUACAGGGAGAGAACCUGGUUCAGGCAGUAGAUGAAAUGGCAAAGGACAACGCUACUGGAGAGAGAGCUGUAACAGAAGCAUCAGGUGCAGCGUCGUUGCCCGGAGCAGAAUCAGUAAUGGAAGACGGUGAUGAAAUUGAGAGUGCUUCUCAAGUGACAGGACCUCGUCAACCAGUCUGGGAUUCAGAAGCUUUGUCUGCCAGAAGUGGAGGUUCCCAGAGCCAGAAACUCCUGAAAGAGGCAUUAACCGCAAAAGAACUGCAGAGCAUGGAAAAGCAUCUUGCUGAUAUUGAAAAGGACUUGGCACUUAUGGCUGAAGCGAGCAUGUCAAAGAGCCCCAACAACCAGCAAGGUGGUGCAGUUACUAGUGAUCAGCAAGCAGUGUACCAGAUGUCUCAACUACAGAAAUCUAGAACACAAUUGCCAAAUCAAACCACGAAAAGCCUACAACUUCAUCUUCAAGAGAACAAAUCACCACCUCAGUCAAACAGUAGGGGAAAGGCUUCAAGUCUGCCAAAUAGUAGGCCUCAAACUCCAAAUUCACAGUCAAAUAAGCUUCAAAACCCGCUAACACCACUCGGUAGACCUGUAACUCCAAACAGCUUGCUGUCUCGACCACUGACUCCUAGUAACCAUGGAAACAAGGAUAUGCUCUUCGCUGGGCAAAGGAAUCGAUCUGCACCUGUUAAGGGUCAGGUUGGAUGGACAGCUAGCCCGCUAUCAGGAGUUCAGGCUCAAGUAGCGAUGGAAACACUAGGAUAUGCUUCUCAGAAAACUAGUGUCUCAGAAGAAGAAGCCUUUGAACAGCUUCAAGGUUCCCGACAACCAUGGACACUUCCAAGUGACACAGAUAGCGAAAGUAUAGAGGCAGAGAAGGAAAAAUGCUUGUGAUAUGACAUGAAUGAAAAAUCAUGGAAAGUGAAAAAGCAGUGGUGAUGUAACCGGAAACUUGAUUUUAACAUUUUGACUUGGUCUUCAAUAAAAAAGAAGAACAAUUAUUUUCAGAUUGUGUUUAGUAUUACAUGCAAUGGUCAAUGUUCACAAUGUAGAAUGAUUUGGUUUUACCCUGUGAGAUUAUUUCCUAUAAAUCUAAAAUGUAAUCCAUCACUAUACAAUUUUAUGAACCGCAAUGGGACCAAUGUUUGUUCUGACAUUAAAAGAAACUACAUACUAAUGGGAGGUCAAAAAGUAAGCAGAUUAUGUUCUCAUUACUUGAUGGGUAUAAACUGAAACUUUAACACUUUGUUCCACUGGUAGUCUCAGCUUUUCGUAAUUUUCUAAAGGGAUAGCAUACCUUAAAUACCAUUUUCUAUGUAGAAUAAUGAUGCAUUUUUGAAUAAUUAGAAGUCACUGGAAAUAUUUGCUUGUUUUCUUGCUGCUUACAUCUGUAGAUGACAAAAAAAAAAACUCACUUUUGAACAU